CAAAGUGAAAUCAGACUUCGGGCAGUAACAAUAUUUUGCAACUGAACAACGACAGCCACCAUUGUUUACCAUUUGUGCGAUUCGUUUAAGCGUAUUUCUGUGUUGACUGUGAAAUUAACACUUUCCUAUUGGGCCCAGAGGGGCGACUGCGGCCUGCCUGUCGCUAUUUGAACGAUUCCCCCAUGGUGUUAGAAGCAUUUAUCCAUCGGAUCUGUGCCAAUUCUCGCGUGUAAAGUGAUAGAUCACAUUCACAGAGCAUUCAAAGUGAAAUCAAAUUGGAAAAGAAAAGAAACGAAAAGAAAUACAAUCAAGCAAUCAUGGGCAAGCAAACGUUUCGCCAUAUUUCGCCAUUUGGAAUGGCGAUGGUCUCAAGUGUGUUCCUACUGACCUUUGUGGCGGAGACAAAUGCCUAUGGAUUUGGACGUUGCCCGAACUAUCCAUCGAUGCCAAAGUUCAAUAUGAGUCGUGUUCUGGGCCAUUGGUAUGAGGUAGAACGUUCGUUUUACCUUCCAGAGAUUGCUUCGGGCUGCACCACAUUUCAGUUCGAGCCGUACAACAAGGGGGAGCAAUCCAAGUUCCAAAAUUUCAAGCUAGGGGUGGCCAUCAAGAACAUCAAUCGUAUAACUGGCAAUCCGAAUGUGAAUAUAGGCUAUGCUACGCCCGAGAACAGCAGAUCCUCCAUCAUGGAUUUCAAGUUUACCACUCGAUUCCCGGAUGUGAUUGCCCGUCUGUUGCCCGGCUCUGGGAAGUACCAAGUGCUCUAUACGGACUAUGAGAACUUCGCCAUCCUUUGGUCCUGCGGCAGCAUUGGCUCCCUGGGCCAUUCCGAUCAGAUAUGGAUAUUGGGGCGUGAUCGCGACUUCGAAGUCGACAUACGCUCCAAAGUCUACGAUGUGCUCAAGAGACUCUCGCUAGAUCCGGACAGACUAAUCAUCAGCAAAAACAAAAACUGCCCCGAGGUGCUCUGAAAAAACAGCUCCAUGGGUCAUCCCCAUUUGUACAUUUAGGUUCUCAUUUGGUUAAGGAAAAUAUUGAAUUUCAUGCCUAAUCAUUUAGGCUCUGUGAUAUCGAGGAGUGUGAAUCGGAGGCGAGGCGGGAGUCGUGAAAUCCAAAUACAAAAACAAAUUACUACAAAAAA